UCUUCCCUUCAGAUUACUCAGAGAAGGUAGCGGGAGAAGUGGACACACAUUGGUAUCGUCGCCGAGCGCUCGUUGUACCGUACCAGGUCUCUGCCAUGACUCGUACAGUGGAGAUGGAAGUGCCGGAGCACGGAAACACACCGAGCAAUGUGAUCUCGUCUGAUGGUACCGAUCGCAAUGGGAACUACAGCUCCAAAAUACAAGAUGCUGUUUGCAAUGAAAACAGGAAACUUAAUCAAAGUUUUGAAAGUGAUUCCAGUAAACUGCAAACAAAUAAAAUGACCAACUUUAUGGAUGAUUUGAGCUUGAGCUCACCAAAAGAGAGGCCAUCUCGAUCAAGAUCCAAGACUCGUUCUAUCAGUAGCAGGUCUUCAUGUUCCAGCAGGUCUUCAUGUUCCAGCCGGUCUUCCUGUUCCUCCAGCAGCUCUAGUAGCUCUAGUGGCGGAUCCAGCACGUCUAGUUCUUCGCGGUCAAGUAGCAGGCGUAGGGCUCGCUCUCCUUCCCGUGAUAGAAAAUAUAGGCAGAAAAGAAGCAGAAAAAGCUCCAGCUCGUAUUCUCGUAGCCGUUCCAGGUCCUACUCUAGAAGCCGUUCCCGAUCAUACAGCCCACGCCUGAGAAGAAGAUAUUCACCUGCUUACAGAAGAUAUUACAGGUCUCCUCCUCGAUACAGGUCACGUAGCCGGUCCCGUUCUUUUCGUGGAAGACGCUAUUCAAGAAGCCGUUCUCCAUCACAUAGCAGAAGAUUCUAUGGCUUUGCAAGGCGUCCCUACUCUCCUACAUUCAGAAGUUGGAGAAGCCGUUCUAGAAGCCAUUCUGGUAGCAGGACACCACUGCGCCUAAGUGAGAAAGAAAAGUUGAAGCUGUUGGAAAUCGCAAAAAAGAAUGCCUCAAAAGCCCUUGGAAGGGAGGUUGAACUACCUGAUAGCCUAAAGAAAAUAGCUGAGGGUUCUAGAGCUGCGUCGCAAGAGAGGGUGGAAGUGGUCAAAGAACAGAUGGCGAACAACCAUAGAAGUCCAUACAUGCUGUGGCAUCCAGUGACCAAUGAAGCCAAAUCAUUCUCAAAAAGCUUAUCUCCUAAAGAGGCACAUAAAAGCAGGGCUCGAUAGCCUGUAUUUCUGGACUUUUUGUACAGUUUUUUUUUUUUCAAAGAUUAUAUUUUCAUAGAGGGUAUUUAUGACCAAGUGGGUAGGGAAAUGGGGAUGAUUUGUUUAAUCUGAUCAUUGAUCAGUGUUUAGCAACGGUUCUUUUUAAUAUGGGUCUUAUUUUUCAGAUUUGGCCUAGUUCGUGAAGGACACAAGAUUUUCAGGUGGGAUCUUUACUUGUAAAUAACUGAAUAUGAAAUUAUAUUUUUGUGCAUGAAGAAAUGCACUUUUUUUUUUAUUUUUUUUCCUGUGCUGUUUGUUAGAGAAAAUGUGUUUCUGAAAUAUACAGCAGUGUUUUUUUUUUUUUUUUUUUUUUGUCAUUUAAUUAUGGUAAAGUAUUUCCAAGUAGUAAAUAGUAGUCUAAGAUGUUCAAAGAUUAUUCCAUAAUCUUGUAUUUUGUGUUUGCAUUUAAUAAAGAGUGAUUAAA